AUGUUAAUGAACUACAAGAUACCACAUCUCAAUUAUGGAUCCUUCGACCGAGCACUGAGUGAUAAAAUUCAGUUCCCAUCUCUGUACCGGUUGGUUCCAAAUGAAAAUGUUCAGUAUGUGGGGAUCGUUCAGCUGCUCAAGCAUUUUGGCUGGACCCCAGUACUUAAAAACUACCAGCAUGUACUAGCCUUUGUGUUUGCCACUGAUAAGAUUAAUAAGAACUCAAAGAUGCUGCCUAAUACUACACUGCAAUCUGAGAUCUAUGACAACAGUUUUGAACCCACUACAACAAGUAGGAACAUCCUGGAUCUACUCUUCACUCAACCCAGGAAAGUCCCAAAUUACAAUUGUAUCAGGAAAGAGAAGGCAUUGGCCACCAUUGGUGGACUCGCUUCCACAAAUUCCAUCCAGAUGGCCAACAUCUUAAAUAUCUUCAAGAUUCCACAGCUCAGUUAUGGAUCCUUUGACCCACUGUUGAGUGACCAAAUGCAGUUCCCGUCCUUCUAUCGGAUGGUGCCAAAUGAAAAUGCUCAGUAUGUCGGGAUUGUUCACCUCCUGAAGCAUUUCAGAUGGACGUGGAUUGGCCUAUUUGUGUCAGAUAAUGAGAGCGGAGAAAUGUUUCUGAGGAACCUCAGUCCUCUACUCACCCAGGACAGCAUUUGUACAGCAUUUGUGGAAAAGACUCCAAUACUGGCUUUAUCCACGGGUGAGGAAUCCCUUCACUCCUUUUUGAAAAACAUUCGCUUCAACAAUAGUGCUGGGGAAGAAAUUUCUUUUGAUGAAAAUGGGGAGUUGGCAGCUAGAUGUGAUAUCAUAAAUUGGGUCACAUUUCCAAAUCAGUCCAUCCGUAGGGUCCAGGUAGGAUGGGUGGACAUCUGGGCUCCUGCAGGAGAAGAGUUUUUCAUUGACAAGGACAUCAUUGUGUGGAAUGAAAAGCUACAACAGACUCCGCCCCAGUCCACAUGUGUCAAAAGCUGCCAGCCUGGAUACAGAAAAACUGUUCAGCAGGGGGAACAGAUUUGCUGCUAUGACUGUUCUCUGUGCCCUGAAAGAAUGAUAUCCAUCCAGAGGGAUGCAGAGCACUGUGACAACUGCCCAGAAGAUCAGCAUCCAAACAAGAACCAGAAUGAAUGUGUCCCCAAAGCCAUGACCUACCUAUCUUACAGAGAACCCUUGGGAAUGGUUUUGGCAUCCUUUGCUGCUUUCUUCUUUAUAAGCACCGGUGUGGUGAUGAGGACCUUCAUUCAGAACCGUAAUACUCCCAUUGUCAGAGCCAACAACUGGAGCAUUACCUGCAUCUUGCUCUCCUCCCUCCUGAUUUGUUUUCUGUGCUCCUUGCUGUUUAUUGGCCAGCCAGGAAUAGUGACCUGCCUUGUCCGGCAAACAAUAUUUGGCAUCAUCUUCUCCAUCGCAGUUUCUUCUGUCUUGGCCAAAACUAUCACUGUGGUUGUGGCUUUCAUGGCCACCCAGCCAGGAAACAGGAUGAGGAAAUGGGUUGGGAAGAAACUGGCAGUCUUGGUCAUCAUUCUUUGUUUACUUAUUCAAACUGCCAUCUGUACUGUGUGGUUGGCAACCUCUCCCCCCUUCCCAGAGUUUGACACGCAUUCCCAGAGUGGUGAGAUCAUAAUACAAUGCAAUGAAGGCUCUGAGAUCAUGUUCUAUCUUGUCCUGGGCUACAUGGGGUCUCUGGCCAUCAUCAGCUUCACUGUAGCCUUCCUUGCCAGAAAGUUGCCUGAUUCUUUUAACGAAGCCAAGCUGAUCACCUUCAGCAUGCUGGUGUUCUGCAGUGUUUGGGUGUCCUUUGUCCCAACCUACCUGAGCACCAAGGGGAAGUACAUGGUGGCUGUGGAGGUCUUCUCCAUCUUAGCCUCAAGUGCGGGACUGCUGGGCUGCAUCUUCCUUCCCAAAUAUUACAUAAUGAUACUACGACCUGAGCUGAACUCCCGAGAACAGUUAGUAGGGAAGAAGAAAUAUCACACUUAA